AUCGUCCCAAGAUCCGCAUGCCACGCAUUCUCCGCUCUCGCUACAUCCGACAGGUCGGAGAGCAGGUCAACGUGGUCAUUCCAUUUCUCGGGAAACCCAAACCCGUGGUGUCGUGGCUGAAGAACGGUCAGCCUCUGGACAUGAAGAGGGUCAACAUCAGGAACAGCGACCGGGACAGCAUCAUGUUCAUCCGCUCGGCCGAGAGGGAGGACUCCGGCAAUUACGAGAUGACCGUCAAAGUGGACAGCUUUGAAGACAAAGCCACGCUCGUGCUGCAGAUUGUGGAGCUGCCUGGUCCUCCUGCCAGUGUGAAGCUGGUCGAUGCCUGGGGCUUCAACGCUUCCCUGGAAUGGACUCCUCCAAAGGACAACGGCAACUCAGACAUCACCGGCUACACCGUUCAGAAGGCAGACAAGAAAACCGGGGACUGGUUCACGGUGCUGGAGCAUUUCCACAGACUCAGUGUCACCGUCACCGACCUCGUCAUGGGAAACUCGUACGUAUUCAGGGUGUUCGCCGAGAACCAAGUGGGGCGGAGUCAGACGGCUGCCGUCACCAAAAAGGUGGCCACCGUCCCGAAGACAGGUAUCGUCUAUAAACCUCCUCAGUACGUGGACCACGACUUCGCCGAGGCCCCGAAGUUCACCACGCCCCUGAGCAACCACGCCGCCACAGUGGGAUACACCACCAAGCUGCUGUGUGCUGUCCGUGGAUGCCCCAAGCCAAAGAUCGAGUGGAUGAAAAACCAGAUGAUCAUCGGUAACGACCCAAAGUACAGACAGAUCUCAACCCAGGGCGUCUGCUCGCUGGAGAUCAGGAAGCCCAGCAGCUUCGACGGAGGCGUGUACACCUGCAGAGCCAAGAAUGACCAGGGGGAGGCAGUGGUCUCCUGCAAGCUGGAGGUCAAGAAGGUGAUUCAUCCAGAGGCAGAGAAGAGCAAAUAAACGAAUGAGAGAGUUCGAGGAGCUGAGAGAAGAAACAGUGUGUACAUAAUGAAGAAAGAAGAAGAAAUGAAUGGUGCAACGUUGCUGCGCCACCAUACGUCCCACUGUAUGUCGACUUAGUUGGUGAAAUGUAUGUGAGUCUAUAUUUACCAUUUGCUGUUUGUCAUAGUCGAUCUUCACGUUCUGCUCAAUAAACCUGCUGACGUGCUGCUGUCAUGACUGUAUGGAUGUUUUAAUAAAGAAAGUGUAUUUCAUUGUA